GCAGAGCGGAGUCACCCACCUGUUGUUUUUUUCCGCUUUUGGUACCAAGCGCACUCCCAUCUUCGUAGGUAGUAACUGUCACACCCAAUACGUGUGAGUGCCCUGGUAAGUGUUAAUCAUCACCAUCUUUGCUGCUGUUUUCUUUGCUUUUUUCUAAGUCAGCUGUUUUAAGGCGAAUUGCAGUGCUGAGAAGAGCGUACUACACAUCUUUUUGUUUCUUAUUACUUCCCCACCUGCUUUUCUCUUCACAGAAUUAUUCGCUCUUUAUCUUCUCUCUCUCUAUAUAUUAUUAACAACAGCCGCGGAGGAAGUGUGCUGAGUUCAUGUUUCUGUGUUUGCCUUUUUCCUCACCCACCGUGUUUGUUUUCUGCGGCUUUCGCUCAUGCGCCGCUUUCAUCGAGCGUCGUUGCACAGCUCUUUUCCUGCUCCUUCAGGUACACUUCGGAAUUGCACCUGCAGUGUCCCCUUCAUAGCCAGUCGACGGCUGUUCGGCGCACACGAUAGAGCCGCGCUGUGUUGUCUGCAGCACCGUACAGGCUACUCCUACACCGGGGGCGGCGCAGCAGCAGAAGUUCGGUCCACGUCAGACAAAAGAUGUCUGUGCCUCGGUGGUGUUCGCCGCUUGCACACAGGUGAUUUCUCUGAGUCGCGUGCCGCCCCAGUUUACCAGAGUCAAAAAAUCGUGAACGCUCACCGCAGUGACGGCGCGGUGUCUUCUUUCGCAGCCUCCUCACCUGACCUUCGUGAUUCGAGGAACGCAAGUACCACUUCAACGGUAAGCGGAGACCCUCCACGGCCUACGAGACCCCACCGCACGGCCCGUCACGUCACUCUUCGUAGAGGAAGUGCAGACUCUCCAUACCGUGCAUUUCCUAUGCCUCCCAAGUCGGCGACGAGCAGGGUCCCGAGCGGAGCCUCACCAGACGGAGAUGCCGAGUCAACACCACCACUGAAAAUGGUCUUCUCUUGUAGAGAUAAGUUUGAGGCAGUAAAUGAAAACGACGGAUAUGAUGGUAAUGCUCAGCCAGGUGGCGGAAAGGGACGCGAUCAUCGUGGUGUGCAGUCAAUUCACGGCGUAGCCGCGCAGCGCUUCAUACGUGUCAACAACAGUGACCCACCGCCUAUUCGGGCAGGACAGAAUUUGCAGCAGCAGCAGCGACAAAAGACCAAAAAACAAGCUCCUCCAAAUACGAUUUCUGUCCCGCGGACACGCAACAGCAUCAACGUACCCGGCGGAGACCUCUCCAACGUGUGCGCGGUCUCGGCAUUGACGGUGGACAUCAAUGCGGAGGGUCGGGUGCUGGUCAUGUUGAAGAGCGACCAGCGGCGUGCCAACCCUGACUGCGUUCUUCGCGUCCCUGAAGCGGAGCUGUUCAACGUGCCGCACUCCACUCUCAAGCGGUGUGUCCUGCCAUUGCGCAUUCCAGGAGUCUCGCAGGACGUACUUGCCAUUGGACAAUCCACCAAGGCAAAGAUCGCCCGUGCCCUGUGCUUCAUGCACGCUGAAAACCUGCUCGACUUCUUUGCGAGUGUCGACACCACAGAGGAGCCCAGCGUAGAACCAACUCCUCCUCCAUCGUCCACGUCGUGGCCGCCUCCGUUGGAGGAGAAGAAAGUGACCGGCGUGGCGGCCGCACCGAAGGAGCGCGACUUCCACUCCUGGGACGCCUACGUGGACGCGAGCGAGAGGUACGUGCACGACACCGCCGACAAGGCGCGGGCGGACGUGCUGGCGCGGGGGCAAAUCCCUCUCAGCGGUCACCCGAUCGCCGAUCGUGCGGCGGUGCUGAUGCGGCGCCAUCGGCAGCAAUUCUGCCACCCACAGGUGCUGGGCGAACUCAACGAGAGCAUGAGCGAUGGGUCGCGGCUGAUCCGUACGGCGCACCUCGCGUCGAAGGUGUUCGUGGCGACGCUGAAGCUGGACCCGACGACGGGGCUGACGGCGACAGGCGUAGCGAAGAGCAGCAAAGACGCGAGGCGCGAGUGCGCCGGGCACGCGCUGUGCAUCCUGCAGCUUCUCCAGCAGGAGGCGGAAGGCCUUCCACAGGGGUCGCCUCUUGCGGUACCGGCUGCCGGCGGCGCAAGGGGUGCGUUGCCAAAAAGAAGUAACAAAGGCAAGAAGGAGGAGGUCGGCGAGGAUGCCACCCUGCCCGGUGCCACGCUCGACGCCGUUCUUCAGCAUCUGCGGCCCUCACACGGGAAGCUGUUGCGCUUCUUCAACUUACUGUUUGACAACAACGAGUUGUCUCCCACAACAACCUUUACACGGGAGACGACCACCAAUGGCACUGUUUUGUAUCACUGUCAGCUAACGCUGGGAGACAUCACGUGCUCAGGGAAGGGGGUGAAUCGUUUUGAGGCACAGAGGAGCGCCAUGGAUGGCGGCGUCACGGAACUGCUGCUCUACGACACGCGGCUGCAGACCCUCCAGUCCUUCAUAGACACCUACCCCGCCAUCACCCCGGAGCUCAUCCCAUCCGCCGCGUUGCCGCGUGCCCUUGUCGAGCGACUGCGACAGCAGCUGCAGCCUGUUGCGCAGCGCCAGCUUGCUGCGAAAGAAACGAAGCGCACUGGAGCUCGUGCACCCGACGAGGUGGAGAUGGAAGAGGACGACAGCAGAAAUUUCAUUCGAGAAGAGCAGGCGCUGGUGCGGAUCAGUGAGCGGGCCUUUGCCACCGACCCCUUUUACAACGCCCAAAUGCUGGACGCCCUCCUCUCCCUUCGUCAACACCCAACCUACCUUGUAAAGUUCCACCCCCGCCGGUCAACCUUGGCGAUGGCGCAGGUGCGGCAACAAGUCCUCGAUGCCGUACAGCAUCACCGCGUCACGGUGGUCUGCGGCACGACCGGGUGCGGUAAAACAACGCAGGUGCCGCAGUACCUUCUGGACCACGAAAUUGAGCAGGGCCGCGGGGGCAGCUGCAACAUCCUUGUCACCCAGCCUCGCCGCCUCAGCAGCUUCAGCGUGGCAGAACGCAUUGCCCAUGAGCGACUGAGUGUCGUCGGCAAGGACGUCGGGUACGCCGUGCGGCUCGACGCGCGACCGGGGAGGCACAUCACCAUCUGCACCACCGGCGUGCUGCUACAGAUUUUCUCCACGCACCCCGAACUGGAGCACGUCUCGCACCUCAUCAUCGACGAGGUACACGAGCGUGACAUCAACUGUGACGUUGUUUUGGCCCUUGUGAAGGGACUUCUUACACGCAAUCCGCGUCUUCGUGUGGUGCUGAUGAGCGCAACGAUGCAGUCGGAAAUGUUUGCGAAGUACUUUGGCGAGGACACUCCCGUGAUCCAGGUCGAAGGCGCCGUGUAUCCGGUGUCGGUGCGUUACUUGGAGGACAUCGCUGUGGAGGCGGCGUCGGUACGCUUCUACUCGCCUAACUUCGACAUUGUUCCUCUGGCGCAAGAUCCAGAAAAGGGAGAGCAGGCAAACCAGCACAUUACUUCACCGCGGGCACUAAUGCGCAAGCCGCCAAAGACAGACUACAACCUCAUCGCAUACCUUGUCCACCGAGCUGUGCAGGUGGACCUCCAAAAUCAAACGACCGGCAAGUCUAUUCUCGUAUUCCUCCCCGGCUGGAAGGAAAUGGUGUCGGCCAAGGCGGCCAUCGAGCACUACGGCGGACCGUACGCGAUCACCUCCUUUAACAUGCGCUUUCAUCUCAUUCUUCUGCAUUCCACGGUGGACAGCGCGAAGCAGCGGGAGUGCUUCGUACCGGCGCCGGCGGGGAUGGUGAAAGUCGUCCUCGCCACGAACAUCGCCGAGAGCGGCAUCACAAUUGACGACGCCGCGGUGGUGAUCGACACCGGCCUCAUCAAGACGACGACGUGGGCGGGGCGUCCUUCGCCAAACACAUCUCUGUUUGUGCCGCUAAAUUCGAAUCCAAAUCCGACCAGCACAGAUAGCCCCGGCGCGUUGAAGGGAGCGACCACCCCCUCGCCUGUCUUUUCCACCCAGCUGACGCUCGGGUACGCCAGUCAGGCAAAUGGGACGCAGCGUAAAGGACGCGCCGGACGCACGCAGCAUGGCGUGUGCUACCGCCUCUAUACCAAAAGUUUAUGGGAUGCGUUACCGGCGUUUCCGGAGGCCGACAUUCAUCGUGUUCCGCUGACACAGAUCCUACUAAAGCUGCUUUCGCUGGGCUACGCACACCCAAGGGAGACGCUGCAAACUUUCCUGGAGCCGCCGUCACCGACCAACGUGGAGGUGUCCAUGCGGCUGCUGCGCGAUAUCGGGGCUGUCGAUGAAGCGGAUCAACUUACACCAUUGGGCGAGUAUUUGGCUAAGCUGCCGUGCGAUCCGCGCAUUGGCAAGAUGAUCAUCGUGGGUGCCGUGCUGCGGUGCCUCGACUCGGUGUUGACGGUGGCUGCCUGCGCCGAUGUCUCGCCGUACGUGACGAGUCGCGAGCAGGCGGCGGCGGCGCGCAAGAAGCGGUACCUUUUCGCGCGCAGCUCACAGAGUGACCACAUCAGCUUUCUGAACGCGUUCAAUGCGUACUGCGCCAAUGGCGAGAGGGACGACUUUGCCCGCUUCAAUCUCCUGCAACUGGGCAACAUCCGCAUCAUUUCGAAGUACAAGGCGCAAUACCGCGACAUCUUGCUGCACGCUGGUCUCAUUUCAGAGCAAGAUGUGUUGUACGGCGCAGGGGGUGCGCACACCGCUGUGCUGGGGGGCGUUGGAGGCACCGAUGUCGACCUGGAAGAGGAUGACGAUGAUGAUGUCCUGUUAGAUAGUGGCGAUGUGACCGCAGCAGAGGAAACGGGCGCAACGAUGCCGGCGCGCAAUCCAAUCAAUCCAGGGGCCGCAUCAACGACCGCUGCGGAGCCCACGCGGUGCUACACGGGUGAACUCUGUGUCGACACAAGCCAGCAGUCGUGCAACAGCUGCGACGUGGCACUCGUGAAGGCGUGCGUGUGUGCGGCGCUGUUCCCCAACGUGGCGGUGCUCCGCCCGCCUCCCCUCAACGCCGGAUCGUCGCUGCGGCGGAAAAGACAGGCGGAAAAAGUGGAGCUGCGCACGAAGCACUUCACGAGCAUCAAACCCUCGAAGGAAAGUGCGUGCCGGCGCGUCGGUGGACCGCGGGAGCAGGCCAAACCGAACUGCACCGAGUUGCUUUCGGAGCUCAGCAAGGAUGCAGGCGGCGGAGCAGGAGGCGGAUCGCCGUCGUCGUCUCCACCGUCCGCAACGGCCCCCGCCAUGUUUUACGUGUUCCAGGACGUCUUCAGCGUGCGGGAGUCGCGUCAGGAGUUUCUUACGACGCUGUCCUCCGUCAGUCUGUGGGCGCUGCUGCUCUUUGGAGCAUCGGAGUCGACGGUGCAGUACUAUUCCGAUCUGUCGCUCUGCAUCAUUGACGGCUGGAUUGCGGUGCACAUUGACAACGCGACGUACCGCAUUGUCACGGAGCUGCGGCAAGCCCUGUACACGUGCCUGCGCGACAAGUAUCACCACCCGAGGGAUGAACAGAACAACACCGCCUUGCGCAGCGUGACGGAGAUGUGUCAGGCGGUGUUGAAGGCACCAGUGCUGGAGCUUUCCGCCACCGCAACGGAGGAUGAAACAGAACAGUCAAGCGACGAGACGUCAGCUGCCACGCGGGCGUCGCGGCUUGUGGAUACCGGUUCAAUUGUGGAUCCGCUUGCGCUUGUGCGACACAACUCUCGCGGCGCUGACACAGCGAGCGCAAACGGGUUCGCGAUUCUGGGCGUGGACGAUGGCGCUGACGCGUCUGACGAUUCUGGUCUAGAGGAGGAAGAGGAGGAAGGCGUAGUCUUCUAG